GUUUUAUUAUCAAGGACAUUAUUAUAACGUCACAAUGGCGUCACAUCCGGAUUUCAAAUAAUUCGAUAAAUGCUUUAACUUCUUGCAGAAGUUUUAGUCCAAGAAUGGAACAUAUUUCUUAUUAUACUAAUAGAAAUCCAACGAUUAUAUGUUGCCUCAGAAUAGUAAAUAGAUAUUUCAUUACACAGUUAGAAUAUCUUCUAAUCAUAAAAUCAAAGCAACUUGCAGGGAUUUAAAUUUUAACGACACCAUUUACAAAUAUCUACAUUUUCACAUUUAUAAAUAAUAUUCCAAACAUUUUCUCUUUUAGCCAUAUUAAUCAAUCUACAUCAGUUUAAUAUGUUGCCUUUAAGUGGAAUAUUCUAAAUUUUUGGAACUACAAUAUUUAUAUAUCAGUAUCUUUUACAAAUCCUGAAAAUUUUAUCAUACUCUAUGAGAACUCAAAGGUUUUCUUCAAAAUUUUCAAAGCACAUUUCAUGGAAAAAGCCGUAAGGAAGACGUGGAUAUAUCUUUGACAUAUUGACAUCGAUACAUGGACCAGGAAAGUAGAGAUAGAACUUUAUUUAACUUAAAUAAUGAGCAAUUAGUUGUAAAUAUACCUGUGAUAUUUUACGUUUCAGUAUGUUUGACAUUAGGUACUCUCGGAAACGGCGCUGUAGUUUAUAUAUUUUAUCGAAAAAUGAGGAGAACGGCAACAAAUCUUUUUGUGGCAGCUCUUGGCAUAUGUGAUUUACUAUGCUGUACAAUGUAUAUGCCUUUUGACAUUAUUUCUCUACGUUUCUCGUUGACCUUUUAUAGUGAAUUCCUGUGUCAUUUGGAAAAUUUUAGUUUCGCUAUAGGAACAAUAUUGGCCGCAGGAAUUAUCUUCUGUAUAGCAGUAGAAAGAUAUUUGCGAGUGUGCCAACCUUUUCGGAGACAUAUAUCUCGCCGCCUGGCAAUGAAAAUGGUGCCUUUAAUGUUUAUAAUCUCCUUCUUGUUAUCCAUACCCGCAGUUUGGGUUUUCGGCAAAAGAACGAUAUGGACUGGCGUACGCGGAAUUACUGUAGAAGUUUGUUCGUAUGCUGAGGACAAUAUUCAUGAAAUCUACCCUCUAUAUUAUUAUUGCACAUUGCUAGGUUUGAAUCUCUUUGUUUUUAGCAUUCUCAUGGUACUGUAUUACCGUAUUGCGCUGUGUGUUUGGAGAUAUAAGAGAAGAAGGAUGAAAGAAUUACAGAAAAUAAAUGAACGUACAAGAGAACCUUCAGAAGAAGAAGAACCCAACGAGAUGGAGGAAAGGGUUACUGUGCCGCACGUUACAAUGAAACCAUAUAAGAUUGAUCAACUUAACGAAGCAUUUAAAGAAAAAGAAAAGUUAAUUAAAAAAACAAAUAUAGUAUUUUUUAUCGUUUCAUUAGUCUGGAUUGUCAGCUAUUUGCCUCAUUAUAUUGCAACCCUGUGGACAAUCGUUCAUAGACGUGGAGUUUAUACAAAAAGCAAAAGUUAUGUUCCAUACGAACUAGCAAUUCGUUCAUACUUCAUGAGCUGCGUUGCCAACCCAUUCAUUUAUGGACUUUUAAAUAUCCGCUUUCGGAGAGAAUUAUGUAAAAUAUUUGAGAAAAUCUUUCGCCGAGAGAGUUUGUACUGAUCUCAACGAGAACACCAAAAUUAAAAACGGAUUCCAUGGAAAUUGAUGCGAACAGAAGAAAUGUCAAAAAUGUCUGCCAACAUCUUGCAACGGUUGAUUGAUGUACUGGUGGACACCUAUUUAUUUUCCUCCAUUUAUCUUUAUGGAAAUUGUUAUGGUGAUCGGGAAUAUUGGAAAUAGUAUUGUUAUAUAUAUAUAUAUAUGUUAUUAUAAAUUCGAGA